AUGCGUUUCGAUCUACCUGAAUGUGGAAGAUGCUGUUUCUGUUUACCAUUGCGUAAAGGUGUUUUGACUUAUGGAUACAUUUGUUUGAUAUUUACAAUAUUCCUUAUAGCAGUAGAACUGUAUCUUGGAUAUGACGAUCUAUCGGGAAUGACCUUGGUAGCCUACCAUGGAAAUAGUUUCUUUAGCCGAGUCUGGUUGGCGUUACUACUGUACUCGAUAGAUGGCGCUUUUACAAUCGUUCUCCUUGUGGGAGCACACACGAAACGUGUUCUUCUACUGACAAUAUACUUCUACUAUGGUAUAACAACUACGCUUGCUACUUUCCUGACGAUAUCGCUGAUAGAUUACGAUCUUCUCAACAGAGAUCCGUACUUUAUGGCCUUGGAAAUCACCUUUAUACUGUUCGCUUUAACUCUACACAUAUACAUGCUGUGUCUCGUGAGGAAUAUGAUAAAAAAGCUGCGCCAGAACAGCGGGAUAUCGUUCGUGAAUCAAGUGUCCGAAGUUGUAGUGGAACCGCCAAUAGAAAACUUUCAAAACCCGUUAAUGUAA